AUGUUAAGUGGUGGUUUUGUUCAGAUACAAAAUUCUGAAGAAAUAUUCGAACGUCCUAAUUCAGAAUCAUCAUCGAUAAAUUCAACAACACCACCUGCACUUGAGGAAGACCUACAACGGAAAAUUUCAUAUAACACGAAUCCUUCAUAUUAUGUGAAUUCAUCACCGGAUGAAUCGAAUACAGAAAAAAUGGUAGUGUCAAUGCAAAAUAUUUCACCACCUUCGUAUAACUUAACGAUCAAUAAUUCUAUACAAACCUUAUCGAAUGAUUAUCACCAAGAAACAACUACAUGCCCAAAUUAUUCAAUGAAUUAUAAUAAUGACUAUUUGAAGUCGGGACAGUCUUCACCAAUUAUUUAUGAAAAUUUAGAUGCAAACUAUGAUAAUAUAAUUAAGGGUUAUACAUCUGAAAUCUCUAAUUUAACAACAACAUUCAAUCAUCAACCAUAUAAAGAAGUGGCAGAAUUAAUGCAAGAAUAUGCAAAACAAGAAGCAAAUUUAGUUCGUAAUUCGACCUGGAAUAAUUCAACAGUGUAUCAAAACAAUCAACAAUAUCCAACUGUAAUACAACAAAGAAAUAAUGAACAAUAUGGUGACGAACUGAUUCCAGAAACAUUAAAUAGUUUAAAUAAUUCUGAAAUAUGUCAUAUUCCUUCAUCCACAAUUCAUCAUCAAGGUCAUCCGGAUACAGUAUUGUCUUCAGGCAGUAACAAUAAUUUUGAUCGAAUAGUUCCCGAAUAUUCCCAACAACAUCAUCAAACACAAACAGGAAGUAGUCCAUUAGGAAUAGAUAGUCAUAUGAUGGCGCGUUGUCCUACAUCAACACUUGGGGGUAGCAACAGCAGCACAAUCACCGGUAAUGAUAGUAACUGUAGUGGUAACAACAAUAAUACAACAACAACAGGAAACAGGAAACGUGUCCGAACAGCAUUCACAAACGCACAAAUAUUAUUUCUUGAAAAUGAAUUUCAACGAAAUCCAUAUUUAUGUCGACCACGGCGUAUUGAAGUUAGCGAACAACUAAAAUUAUCUGAACGACAAAUUAAAAUAUGGUUUCAAAAUCAUCGUAUGAAGAUUAAAAAACGUAAUUUAGAUGGUGGUUCACCACGUGCAGAGAAUCGUACACCAACACGUGGACCAGGUCGACCACGUAAUCAAAAAAAAGUACAAACUAGUGAAGAACAACAAAUUGUUGGACGUUUGUUAUCGUUGUCACCGAUUGCAAAUGGAAAUGCUGGAGCUGCAGUAGCUGCUGCAAAUAAUAUGAAUGCUUCCACAGAGAAUAAAAUUACAACGAAUAUAAAUUGGUAUCGAAAUGAUUCGUGCGAAAUUAAUUCUUAG